AUGAGCCAAAGAAAAAAAACAAUAAGUAGAAAACAAGAAGUCCUACAUAAGGACAUGACUAAAUAGUAAGUUGCCAAAUUGCAUGCAUUUUAGUUGACACGCUGCUCUUAUCCAUGGAGUUACCGGCUUAAAAACUGCAGAGAUUCCGCUUUCCGUUGCUUAAAAUAACUCCCCCGCCAUCUCUUUUGACCUCCAUUACUUUGUUCGGUUCUUCUUCCUCUUCUCUUGCCUCCUCCUCCUCCAUGGCCCUGCUUCUCUUCCUAUUCAUUGAGAUGUUUCUCAUCGGGGCUUCUCAGGGGCAACUCACUGUUGGUUUCUAUUCCGAAACCUGUCCGGAUGCUGAGUCCAUCGUCGGCGGAGUUGUUCGAGAUUCUGCCAAAUCCGACCCCAACAUUCCUGCUAUCCUUCUUCGGCUCCAUUUCCACGACUGCUUCGUUGAGGGCUGCGAUGGUUCGAUAUUGAUAGACGACGGUCCAACUGCAGAGAGAAAGGCAUUCCCGCACCAAGGUGUCGGAGGGUUUGAGGUGAUACAGCGAGCCAAGGCUCAGCUGGAAUCUGUUUGCCCAGGACUGGUUUCUUGUUCAGAUAUAGUUGCCUUAGCCGCCCGAGAUGCUGUAGCUUUGGCAAAUGGACCGCGGUAUCAAGUUCCCACCGGCCGGAGAGACGGUAGAGUUUCAAAACUUUCACUGGCAGACAAAAUGCCGGAUGUCGGGGAUUCGAUUCAGCUGCUCAAGGAAAAGUUUCUGCAGAAAGGACUCACAGAGAAAGACUUUGUGCUUCUCACUGCUGCACAUACAAUUGGGACCACAGCGUGCUUUUUCAUGACAGACCGGCUAUACAACUUUUCCCCAGGAGGGGGAUCAGAUCCAGCUAUAAACCCUUCUUUCCUAUCGGAGCUAAAACAGACAUGCCCUAACAAUGGGGACGUCAAUGUACGACUGCCCAUUGAUCGUGGGAGUGGGCAGACGUUUGAUAAGCAGAUUUUGAAGAACAUUAGGAAUGGGUUUGCAGUGCUAGAAUCUGAUGCUAAGCUUAACGACGAUGAAGCAACUAGAAGGAUAGUUGAUUCCUAUCUUGAUUCCUUUACUCCUGUAUCUGGACCUAGUUUUGAGGCAGAUUUUGUUGAAUCUAUGGUGAAUAUGGGGCAGAUUGGUGUCAAAACGCGCCUGAUCUCCCCGUCCAUACCCGUUUUGACACCAAUCUGCCCAAUAUUCACCAUAGAUUCAACAAAAUCUGGACCUAGUUUUGAGGCAGAUUUUGUUGAAUCUAUGGUGAAUAUGGGGCAGAUUGGUGUCAAAACGGGUAUGGACGGGGAGAUCAGGCGCGUUUGUGCAGCUUUCAAUUGAUCUAUAUGGUGAAUUAUAAACUAAAUCUUUCUACCUAAUCACCAUUCAAUGUUUAGGGAUGAUGUAUCUGCUAAACUUGCAAUCACAUCACAACAAUUUGACCAGAGAUAAAAACUCUUAGAAUCAGCAAAGAAUCGCAUUAAAAUAAUGAUUUUUCA